CUCCUUCCUGCCAGAAGCUUUGCCCCUUGGCGAGCCUCUCCAGUGGGGAUCUGCCUGCCCUGGGGGCGCCUCCCGCGCUCCACGCCGUGCCUUCCCUCCCGGACCCCACCAGUGCCGGGCAGUGCGGGCUCCUGUGCCUCCCCAAGUCGCAGAUGCUACGGGCGCCUCCGGGGGAAGAACCGGGCGGCGCGCUCGCUCGGUAAAGACAGGAAGACCCCCAAACUAGUGACAUACCUGGCAAGAGAGCCAGACCAGAAUCCAGUUUGGAGGUGGAGUAGUUCAGAAUCAACUGACGCAGCCCGGAAUUGAGCUUUGCAAAACCACUUGCAGGGAAAGGAAGCGUCCGCCCCACCCUCCCCCACCGCGCGCUCUCAAUCCUCUGCCUGCCCCCUCCCCCGUGACGUCACCCUAGCCCUGUCCCAGGGAGCCUGCAAAGCCUCUCAAAUUCAAACUGCUAGACGCACUGCUGCCGCCGCCACCAGAUUGGAAACGCGCGCCCAGGCUCCGCCGUCUCAGCCGCCAGCCGACCUGGCCGGCCAGUUCCCCGACCUCCCUGCGCAAUCGCACCCUGAAUCCCUGGCGGCACAGCUUUCCUCUGCUCCAAACCUCCUCUUCCUUUCCUGCUGCCUGCUGGAUUUUUUAUUUCUGCGCACCCCCCCAACCGAAUUAAAUCGAGCAACAAAAAGCGGGGCGUCCUCCCUGGAAGCGGCGUCUUCUUUUACCUUGCUCUCCCUCUCUUUCUGAAGAUGCUAAACUCCUGGCGGACUGCAGAGGAGGGGGGUCCCGUCUUCUCCUGAUGUGUGAUUUCUGCUGUGAGCCCAAGACGGGCAAGACACCAGAGAGGUCUCUUCAAGAUACCCCAGGGGAGGAGGAGAUGGGCUGGAUUUAGUAGAACAACUCCUUUACUAAUGACUCCGCGGCUAGCUGCUCCCCGUCGGGAAAUCAGGUUUGCCUGUAGGUACCUGAGCUGACACCGAAGGUGCCUAAAGAUGCUGAGCAGCGUUUGGUUCCUCAGUGUGUUAACCGUGGCCGGGAUCUUACAGACGGAGAGUCGCAAAACUGCCAAAGACAUUUGCAAGAUCCGCUGCCUGUGUGAAGAGAAGGAAAACGUACUGAAUAUUAACUGUGAAAACAAAGGAUUUACAACUGUCAGCCUGCUGCAGCCCCCCCAGUAUCGAAUCUAUCAGCUUUUUCUCAAUGGAAAUCUCUUGACUAGACUGUAUCCAAACGAAUUUGUCAAUUACUCCAACGCUGUGACUCUGCACCUGGGUAACAACGGGCUGCAAGAGAUCCGAACCGGGGCAUUCAGUGGCCUGAAAACUCUCAAGAGACUGCACCUCAACAACAACAAGCUAGAGGUAUUGAGGGAGGACACCUUCCUGGGCCUGGAGAACCUGGAGUACCUCCAGGCUGACUACAAUUACAUCAGUGCCAUUGAGGCAGGGGCAUUCAGCAAACUUAAUAAGCUCAAAGUACUCAUCCUAAAUGACAACCUUCUGCUAUCGCUGCCCAGCAAUGUGUUUCGCUUUGUCUUGCUGACCCACUUAGACCUGAGGGGGAAUAGGCUGAAAGUAAUGCCUUUUGCUGGAGUCCUUGAACAUAUCGGAGGAAUCAUGGAGAUUCAACUGGAGGAAAACCCGUGGAAUUGCACUUGUGACUUACUUCCUCUCAAAGCUUGGCUGGACACCAUAACUGUUUUUGUGGGAGAGAUUGUUUGUGAAACUCCCUUUAGGUUGCAUGGGAAAGAUGUGACUCAACUGACCAGGCAGGACCUCUGUCCCAGAAAAAGUGCCAGUGACUCCAACCAGAGGGGCAGCCAUGCUGACACACAUGUCCAAAGGCUGUCACCUACAAUGAAUCCUGCUCUCAACCCAACAAGGGCUCCAAAAGCCAGCCGGCCUCCCAAAAUGAGAAAUCGUCCAACUCCCCGCGUGACUGUGUCAAAGGACAGACAGAGCUUUGGACCGAUCAUGGUGUACCAGACCAAGUCCCCUGUGCCCCUCACCUGCCCCAGUAGCUGUAUCUGCACCUCUCAGAGCUCAGACAAUGGUCUAAAUGUAAACUGCCAAGAAAGGAAGUUCACUAAUAUCUCUGACCUGCAGCCCAAACCUACCAGUCCAAAGAAACUCUACCUAACAGGGAACUAUCUUCAAACCGUCUAUAAGAAUGACCUUUUAGAAUAUAGUUCUUUGGACUUGUUGCAUUUAGGGAACAACAGGAUUGCAGUCAUCCAGGAAGGUGCCUUCACAAACCUGACCAGUUUACGCAGACUUUAUCUGAAUGGCAAUUACCUUGAAGUGCUGUAUCCUUCUAUGUUCGAUGGACUGCAGAGCUUGCAAUAUCUCUAUUUAGAGUAUAAUGUCAUUAAGGAAAUUAAGCCACUGACCUUUGAUGCUUUGAUUAACCUUCAGCUACUGUUUCUGAAUAACAACCUACUGCGCUCCUUACCUGAUAAUAUAUUUGGGGGCACAGCUCUCACAAGGCUGAAUCUGAGAAACAACCAUUUUUCUCACUUGCCUGUGAAAGGAGUGCUGGAUCAGCUUCCAGCUUUUAUCCAGAUCGAUCUGCAAGAGAACCCAUGGGACUGUACCUGUGACAUCAUGGGGCUAAAGGACUGGACCGAACAUGCCAAUUCCCCUGUCAUCAUCAAUGAAGUGACAUGUGAGUCUCCUGCGAAGCAUGCAGGGGAGAUACUGAAGUUUCUGGGGAGGGAUGCUAUUUGUCCAGACAGUCCAAACUUGUCAGAUGGAUCCAUCUUAUCAAUGAAUCAUAACACAGACACACCUUGGUCACUUAGUGUGUCUCCUAGUUCCUAUCCUGAACUACACACUGAAGUUCCACUUUCUGUCUUAAUUUUGGGAUUGCUUGUUGUUUUCAUUUUAUCUGUCUGUUUUGGGGCCGGUUUAUUCGUCUUUGUCCUGAAACGCCGAAAGGGAGUGCCAAGUGUUCCCAGGAGUGCCAACAACCUGGACGUAAGUUCUUUUCAGUUACAGUAUGGGUCUUAUAACACUGAGACUCAGGAUAAAACAGAUGGCCACGUCUAUAACUAUAUACCCCCACCUGUGGGUCAAAUGUGCCAAAACCCCAUCUACAUGCAGAAGGAAGGAGACCCAGUAGCCUAUUAUCGAAACCUGCAAGAGUUUAGCUACGGUAACCUGGAGGAGAAAAAAGAAGAGCCAGCCACACUUGCUUACACAAUAAGUGCCAAUGAGUUGCUAGAAAAGCAGGCCACACCAAGAGAGCCCGAGCUGCUGUAUCAAAAUAUUGCUGAGAGGGUCAAGGAACUCCCCAGUGCAGGCCUUGUACACUAUAACUUUUGUACCUUACCUAAAAGGCAGUUCGCCCCUUCAUAUGAAUCUCGACGCCAAAACCAAGACAGAAUCAAUAAAACCGUUUUGUAUGGAACUCCCAGGAAAUGCUUUGUGGGGCAGUCAAAACCUGACCACCCUUUACUGCAAGCUAAGCCGCAAUCAGAACCAGACUACCUCGAAGUUCUGGAAAAACAAACUGCAAUCAGUCAGCUGUGAAGGGAAAUCAUUUACGACCCUAUGGAAUCAAAGGAUGCUGCUCCAAACUCCUGGAAGCACUGCAUUUGCUUUUUGUGUUUGUUUGUGUUCUCCCUUUCCCAGCAUUAAUGGGGGACUCUGGAAAUAUUUGGGAGAUGGGGUGAGGCAAUGAUAUUGCUUUUGCAAGUUUUCCUUUAAAUUAUUUCUCUCUUGCUCUCCUCCCCUGUUUUGUUUCCUCUCUUCUUAAGAACCAUCAGUGAACAUGAAUGCUUCUACAGUGCAGUUUUCCUAUAUUUUGUUUGUGGUUUUGUUUCAAAACCAUCUUGUUUUUCCAUUGUGGAAGGAGAAAGAGGAGAUGGUAGUGAAUUAAGACAGACUAGGCAAACUUUUCACAUCAAAAUGGAUAUUUAGGGUAUUUUGUAGAAGAUCUCCAAAGAUCUUUUGGGACUAUAACUUCUUUUGUAAAUAAUGAUAUAUGGUAUUUCCAUACUCAGUUACCAAGUAUAGCCACUGGGCAUCACUUCUUUGUGUUAAAGUGCCUUCGCACUUUAAGUACAUUACUUAAAUGUUGCUUUUAGCUUUGAUAAAUUGAACAUAUUUUAAUGUGUUGUAUUUUUGAAAUUGAAAACACUGUAAAAUAGAUAGAUGUUUCAGCUAUACUGAGUCAACAUACAGUUUGCUUGAAUUAUAGAAACCAGCCUGUCAUAAAAUGAUUCUAGUUCUAGGACUUUGUAGACUUAACUGUAAAAUAUUUCCUUUCCUCUGGGUUUGUUCUAAGUGAUUUUAUUUAAGUAAACUAAGGGGGUUUAACGAGGGACUAGAGGUAAUAAGCCGCCUCAGUUGGGAUUAAUAAUUCAUUAAUAAAAUAUAUUUAACCCAA